AAUAUAUCUUAGAUUUCGAGUUCCUAACACUACUAGCACUAUAUAUACCUUGCAGCUCUGCCUAUUUUCCCCCAGAAAAGCACACCAAACAGAGAAUUCUACUGAAGAAAAAAGAAUGGCAGCAGAGUCCCUAAACAACCAUCCAAUAAGAAAGAAUGCAGUAGUUACUGGAGGAAACAAAGGAAUAGGGUAUGAAAUAUGCAGGCAACUAAUGGAAAAGGGUGUGAUGGUAGUGUUAACAGCUAGGGAUGAGAAAAGAGGCAAAGAAGCUGUUGAAAAGCUAUUGAGAGAAGAGUCUUGUUAUUAUCAACAAAUGAAUCUUGUUGUGUUUCAUCAAGUUGAUGUUGUGGAUCCACAAAGUGUUUCCUCUUUGGUUGACUUCAUCAAAUCUAAAUAUGGAAAGCUUGAUAUUCUGGUAAAUAAUGCAGGAGUUAAUGGAUUAAUGGUAGAGGGAGAUGUUUCAAUCCUUCCUGAGAUGAUAGAACGGGAAGCUGCUCGAGGUCUGAGCAACACAACUGAGGAGGAUGAAGCUCCAAUCAAGUCAACUGGAAAAUUAAUCGAGAACUUUGGAUGGGCAGAAGAAUGUAUAAGCACCAAUUAUUAUGGAGCAAAAAGAAUGAUUGAUGCCUUUAUUCCACUACUCCUCUUGUCUCCUUCACCAAGGGUUGUUAAUGUUUCUUCUUUGCUUGGAAAGAUAAAGUUGGUAUCAAAUGAAUGGGCCAUAAAGGCUUUAAGUGACGGGGAAAACCUUACAACAGAAAAAGUGGAUGAAGUACUAAAUGAAUUUCUUAUGAAUUUCAAGGAGGAUCUAUUAAAAGAAAAAGGCUGGCCCAAUGUUUUUUCAGCUUAUAAAGUCUCAAAAGCAGCCAUGAAUGCAUACACAAGAAUUGUGGCCCAAAAGUAUUCUGCCAUAUGCAUCAACUGCAUUUGCCCAGGCUUUGCGAAGACAGACAUUACUUGUAAUACUGGGCCUAUGACUCCACAAGAUGCUGCUGAAGGCCCAAUACUUCUAGCUCUUUUGCCUGAAGAUGGGACUUCUGGCCAGUUCUUUUACCGGAAAAACAUUCUGACAACGUUCUGAGAAGCAACAACAACAUACCAGUGUAAUCUCACAAGUUAAUAAAGUGUUAGUCAUUUAUUGUAAGUGUUCUGAAGCUGCUUUGAAAAAUGUGGCAUGGACUUGCAAUAUUAUAGUUUAAAUUUAAAGGACAUGGUUAAUUGAAUUCAAAAUACUUUCCUUUUCUCUC